AUGGAACUGGAGGGUCCCCUGUGCCCCUCCCUCUGGUCUUCCUGUGAGCAGGAGACCCUGACCAGAAGGAAAGUCUGCUUGCUGAUCUUUGGUGGUGUCACUGUGCUGGGAGGUGGCCCACGGGCUCACAUUCCACACCCGGAGGAGCUCCCAAACCCCCUGGGGGCUUCCAGUUUCAGUUUUGAUCUUUUUUAUGAUCUGCUUUGGUUCCAUGAAGCCUGUGAACUCAGGCGACUCACGAGGGUGCCCCCGCCAUCUCGGAGCUGCUGGCGCUCCUUCCAGGAUGGUGCUGUGGUUUCAUCCAGCCCCAGGCUCAUGCUCGGGAAGUCCCUGGCCAGGAGGGGUCUCUUCUUCCUGGGGGACUUUGUAGGGAGGUGGAUGUGGCCUGGGUGGAGCUCUUCCCAUGGCCUCCUGCCUCCUCCCAGAAGAGCUGGCUUCUCAGCCUUAGGCUCCUUCUGGGUGGUCACCCCACCACCACCACCAUCAGGGGCGCUUCCGGGGACUUUCCACAGGAAGGAGGCAGAUACAGCCCGACACAGGGUUUUCUUUUUCUUCCCUUCCCGGUGGAGAAUGUGGGGAAGCGAAUGUGAACCUCUUGUCUCCGGAUGUCAGAGCCCACUCACCUCCCUUUGUUGGCUCUUGAACACUCCAGAUGUUUCCAGGGGGGCUUGCCCUCCAGCAGUAGGGACUUUGUUAUCUGUCAUAAUGAAUAGGUGUCUCCCAGCUAGAGGACAUCUCAUCUCUCCUGGAGACCUCACUGGCUCCCAUCUCCUCUGGCUCCUAGCCCUCUGGUUAUCUGCUCCCACUCACUGUUUUGAUGCCAAGUGA